UACCCAACUUCCAUUGUCGUGUUUCACUCUUCAAUCCUCAUGCGCCGUCCAUGCAAGCCAAAUUCACAUGUGUCCUAUUUUUGAAGAUUUCGUUAAACUGCUUAUAUUAGCUAUGCAAUAGGUCACCUCAUCCUCAUCUUUUGAUUUCUGCUUCAACCAUGGUUUCCAUCUCAACUGUGUUCCAAAACCUUAACCCGAUUCUUGCUUUGUGUGUCAUUUCCACGCUUGCUUGGUAUGCAUGGCGAUACCUCGUGAAGCCCAACUCUCAGAAGCUUCCACCGGGUCCACCGGGCCUUCCCUUCUUCGGGAACCUUCUAUCCUUGGACCCCGAGCUUCACACUUAUUUGACCGGCUUGGCCCAAAUCUAUGGCCCAAUUAUGAAGCUCCGACUCGGGAGCAAGCUCGCCAUCGUCAUAACUUCACCGGCCAUAGCUCGUGAGGUGCUCAAAGACCACGACAUCGUUUUCGCCAACCGCGACGUUCCCGCCGCCGGAAGGGUAGCCACCUACGGCGGCUCCGACAUAGCGUGGAACCCGUACGGCCCCGAGUGGCGGAUGCUGAGGAAAGUGUGCGUGCUGAAGAUGCUGAGCAACACUACCCUGGACUCCGUGUACGAUCUCCGGCGCAAUGAGAUGCGCAAAAUGGUGGCGUAUUUGCAGGAGCGAGUGGGGAGGCCGGUGAAAGUGGGGGAACAGGUGUUUCUGACGUUGCUGAAUGUAAUAACGAAUAUGAUGUGGGGCGAGGCGGUGGAAGGGGCGGAGAGGGAGAGGUUGGGGGCGGAGUUCAGGGAGUUGGUGGCGGAGAUGACGCAGCUUCUGGGGAAGCCGAACGUGUCGGACUUCUUUCCCGGGUUGGCAGGGUUGGAUUUGCAAGGUGUGGAGAAAGAGAUGCGUGGUUUGGUGUGUCGGUUCGAUGGGAUAUUUGAGAAGAUGAUCGGCGAACGAAGGAGGGUGAAAGGGGAAGAAGAAAGGAAGGAGAAAGACUUUCUCCAGUUUCUGUUGAAUUUGGAGGAGGAAGGCUCCGGCGCUGAUUCCAAGACGCCGCUUACCAUCACCCACGUUAAGGCUCUGCUCAUGGAUAUGGUCACAGGGGGAACUGAUACAUCCUCAAAUACAAUUGAGUUUGCAAUAGCAGAAAUGAUGCACAAGCCAGAGGUAAUGAUGAGAGUCAAAGAGGAGUUGGAAUUUGUUGUAGGGACAGAUAACAAAGAGUCUCACAUUCCUAAGUUGUCCUAUUUGCAAGCUGUGAUGAAAGAAACACUUCGAUUGCACCCUGUACUUCCACUUCUGAUCCCUCAUAGCCCUAGUGAAACCACCAUUGUGGGUGGCUACACAAUUCCAAAGGGGUCUCGAAUGUUUUUAAAUGUGUGGGCUAUUCACAGAAACCCUUCAAGUUGGGAGAAACCACUCGAAUUUGAUCCAACAAGAUUCUUAAAUGCCAAAUGGGAUUAUAGUGGCAAUGACUUCAAUUAUUUUCCUUUUGGAUCUGGAAGAAGAAUUUGUGCAGGAAUAGCAAUGGCUGAGAGGACAGUUUUAUAUUUUCUUGCCAUACUUAUGCACUUAUUUGAUUGGACAAUACCUCAAGGACAAAAAUUAGAUGUUUCAGAAAAAUUUGGCAUUGUUCUAAAAAAGAAAGUUCCUCUUGUUGUCAUCCCCACUCAACGAUUAUCCAACCCAAAUCUUUAUCAUUGAAUACAUGUACAAUAUGUAUUGAUAUUCAACACUUAAACGAUCCUUUAUCCUACAUAUUUGUAUUUUAUUAUGUUAUUUACUUAACUCAAGUUUAGACAUUGAGCAAUAAACAUGAAUUUGUUAUUUGCUUUCA